AUCCCGAGAUUGAUGUCCAAAUCUCUGGCUUGCCUCUCUUGAAACACGACGAGAUCCCUUCUUUCCUUCAUCCUUCAACAUCUUAUCCCGCUUUACGAGAAGUGAUCACUGAUCAGAUCAAACGUCUUCACAAGCCAUUCGCUGUUCUCGUCGACUCUUUCUACUCCUUGGAGAAAGAUAUCAUCGACCACAUGUCUAGUCUCUCUCUCCCCGGCGCUAUCAAACCGCUCGGGCCGCUUUACAAAAUGGCCAAAACGUUAAUAUGUGAUGACAUUAAAGGAGAUAUGUCGGAGACAACGGACCAUUGCAUGGAGUGGCUAGACUCUCAGCCUGUUUCCUCCGUUGUUUACAUCUCAUUCGGAACCGUCGCUUACGUAAAACAAGAACAGAUCAACGAGAUUGCGUUCGGUGUGUUAAACGCUGGCGUUACGUUCUUGUGGGUGAUUAGACAGCAAGAGUUAGGUAUAAACAAAGAUCGUCAUGUCUUGCCUGAAGAAGUCAAGAACAAAGGAAAGAUCGUGGAGUGGUGUCAGCAAGAGAAAGUCUUAGCUCAUCCUUCUGUGGUUUGUUUUGUUACUCAUUGUGGAUGGAACUCGACGAUGGAAGCUUUGUCUAGUGGAGUCCCAACGGUUUGUUUGCCACAGUGGGGAGAUCAAGUCACCGACGCGGUUUACAUGAUAGACGUUACGAAGACGGGAGUGAGACUCGGCCGUGGAGAGACGGAGGAGAGGGUGGUGCCUAGGGAGGAAGUGGCUGAGAGGCUGAGAGAAGUGACCAAGGGAGAGAAAGCGAUGGAGCUGAAAAAGAAUGCUUUGAAAUGGAAGGAGGAGGCGGAAGCGGCGGUGGCUCGCGGUGGAUCGUCGGAUAGGAAUCUUGAGGAGUUUGUGGAAAAGUUGGGUGGGAAACCUGUGGCUAAACAAAAUGGAAGUCUUAAUCAAAACGGAAGUGCUCAAGAACUUUUAUUGGAAAAGUCAUAA